CCCUCUCUCCCCCUCCCUUCUCCUGUUCUCUCCCGCCUACCUCUCACCUCUCGCCUCUCACUCGACCUGUCGCAAAACUCCCACCCUCCACCCACCCGCCUCACCGACUCGACUCCCGCUCUCUUCUCAUCUUCCCACCCUCCACCCUCCACCCCCCGCCAUUAUCGAACCCUCUACGUUGGUGAAGCCUCUUCGUGUUUUAUUCCACUUCCCUAGCCUACGGUUGAGGCUCCACGCGCUUGUUCCUUUAGCGUGCGACCUGGAAUUGUUCCGCUUAUCUGCUUUAAAAGCCAGUUCUGCCUCAACGACCUGGAACAAAAGUUAACCGCUUUCCAGCAUCAAAACAGAAAAAAACAAAAGGAUUUGCACCGAAAAUAUCCGUCCACACCACUACCAAUUAUUUCUCUCUACGUUCCAAUUCCAUCUUAGCUUCUCUUUAACAUUUCAAAAUGGCAAGCAACGAAUCUCGUGACGCCGCACCGGCCGUGACCGAUGAAGUCAUGACAGACUACAGUCGCACUGAGCAGGGCGAACCUGAAGGUCCACCGAAGACUGAUGAGGAAUAUGCCCAGUCCACGCUGACCCUUCGCGCCAUUGUUUCCUCCAAAGAGGCUGGUGUAAUUAUUGGCAAAGCUGGGAAGAAUGUGGCAGACCUACGUGACGAGACUGGUGUGAAAGCUGGCGUGAGCAAGGUCGUACAAGGUGUCCAUGAUCGAGUUUUAACCGUCACUGGGCCUCUUCAAGGUACUGCCAAAGCGUACGCCAUCGUCGCCAAGGGUUUGCUUGAGGGUGCUCCUCAGCUUGGAAUGGGUGGAGUUGCUUCGAAUAACGGUACCCAUCCUGUUCGCCUACUCAUCUCUCACAAUCAAAUGGGUACGAUCAUUGGCCGUCAAGGUUUGAAGAUCAAGUAUAUCCAGGACGCUUCUGGCGUUAGGAUGGUUGCACAGAAGGAGAUGCUCCCACAGUCUACCGAACGGAUCGUCGAAGUUCAAGGUACCCCAGAAGGGAUCGAGAAGGCUGUGUGGGAAAUUGGCAAGUGUCUUAUUGAUGACUGGCAACGCGGGACUGGGACUGUCCUCUACAACCCCGCUGUUCGCGCAUCUGUAGGCGGCGGCCCACUCAAUAAUUCGCUUGGAUCUGGGGCUUCUACAGGCGGUUACGGUGGACGUUCCUACAACCGUACCGGAAAUGGUGCCGAUUUCAGCGAUCAAACGGGGGGCUAUAACCGACGUUCCAAUUCCGAUGCAGCCAGCCGUGGCAUCCCACUUGUAACUGAAGACGGAGAGGAGGUCCAAACACAGAAUAUCAGCAUCCCGUCCGACAUGGUUGGUUGCAUUAUUGGUCGCGGUGGAAGCAAAAUCAGCGAGAUUCGAAGGAGCUCAGGCGCUCGUAUUUCUAUCGCCAAGGCUCCCCAUGACGAAACUGGGGAACGUAUGUUUACGAUCAUGGGGAGCGCAGCAGCGAACGAAAAAGCUCUCUAUCUCUUGUAUGAGAACCUUGAAGCCGAGAAAAUGCGCCGCAGCCAGCAACCGCAGGAGUGAAGCAAACCCGCUUUGUCUGAAUCGGGUUCGUAGUAGGUUCAAAUGGAGCAUGGCAGCAGUGCUGUGUUCACUUUACCAACCAAAGCAAACUUUGGAUUAUUUAUAGGCUGUCAUCAAUCUCGUGUAUGUUCCCAAGCCUCAAAUCUACAAAUCCGCCCAACUACCGGUUUCCUUUCAGCCAUUCUACCCCAACGUCCCCCCACAGCCGAAAAGUCUUGCCUGCUCAGUAGCGAUGCUGUCAGAAUGUUACCGGAUUGGACUGUUUGGACCUAUCGACCUUCGCCACCACAAACCGCUCCGGUUCAUUACCCCAGUACUUUCCAAUAUCUUCAUUUCCCGCCUCGUUUCUCGCAAUGUACUGGAUUAUUAUUCUUGAUCCUACCUAACCUUAUCAUUCUCUCUUUUCCCUGUUCCCCCGCCUUGAACUCUUACUUUCCGCGCCCCUUAAUCCACAGUUUCAUUAAAAUCCGUAGUUUUUAUUACUUCGUGCCGUCUAAAAGUCGCCUCACCUGUUUCCAUUCUAUCAACGAUGAAACGCACAAAUGCCAAUCCUUCAAAAUCUCACGUACCCAUUAAAAACUUACUUUUCUCCCUCAAUUUUUCUCCAUGACUUCCUUCAUGCCAUUCUCGUAUUCCUUCCUUAACGCCCUUCGUCCUUGUUAUCCUCCCCCCCUUAAAUGGCAUUUUCUAUUUAUCCGCCACAAAAGAAAAAGCAAUCUCACACGCGCAAAUACUCAAACUACCCAUGAUCCUCCGCUUUGGUCCGAUUUCUGCUGUCCUUGCCCUGUCUCCAUUUGUUUUUUUCAGUGAACCAACAUCAGACAAUAUUUUCUCUCAUUGAAUCACUGACAAAGCUGCACGGAAAUUGUUUACAAGUGGAUAGAUAUUGGGCCUCAAGGGCCCCCACCUCCCUCUCCUUCCUAUAUAUCAAUUUGUGUCUUACGAUGGGAAGAGCAGGGACGCGCACAAAUUAAAAAUAAGAUUGAAGUCUUAAGUAAAC